AUGGCCGCGGCCAAUGUCCUGAUGUCGCGCCCCGACAGCGCAGCCAUAAAAAACGCCGGGUACGCCUGCGAAACAACAAUCCACCCUGGGACGAGGACGACUGGGUGGGAUGAUGCGACUAUUACGACCAACAUCGACACCGACCGCUUGCCAUGGUCAGCCGAAGACCUGCGCGUGCGCUUUCACACCAUAGCCCUUAUUUGGCUUCAACUACGAGAAACGGUCCUUGCCAUGCUAUUCUUACGCAACAUACUAAACGAGGGGGAUGUCGCGUCUGGUGUGGAGGCCCCUUCGGAGAAUACAAGGAUGUUUCCCCUCAAUCUCAUGACCACCCCCCUUUCCCAAUCGCCUGCUACAUCAGCGUGGCUGGCGGGCACGCGCCCUGGCGCAUCGCAUCAAUCUCGUGUCGCGCAAACGGCACGCAACCCCAAAUCAAACGUUACCUUUUCCCUUUCACUUCAUCGCAUCGAUCUGCUCACUGGCUGCAUGCUCUCUUUCAGCCCCUUUGCGAUUGCGCGACAAUCACCACCGAGAGAGCGGUGUCACGCAUCGCGCCUUAUUGUACCCAGCGUCUCCCCGAAAUGGGCGCGUGAUUUGCGUACUCCUUGCGCUUCUGAGCCCGGUACACUAGAAGACGACGGCAACCUUCUCGACCCGCACCACAUCGAUGCCGUCCCAGAUCGGCGCAUAAACCCCUUGGAUCGACCCAGUGGUGAACCACCGGCAACAGCAGCAAGUGGCUCUCGUCGCCCCGGUCGCAAAGACUCUGGAGACCUCUUCAGCGACCCCAACAUGAAUUUUAUCGACUUCUCUUCCACCGAUGGUUUCUGGCAAGCCGCAAAGAAAAAGAAGAAGGUAACGCAACAGUUCAACUGGGCCGACACCAACAACAACAAUGGUAGUGGAGGUGGAGGUGACGAAGGUGAGAAAAAGGAAGGGGACGCCGACGACCAGGCAAACAAAGACGCGGGCAGUGGUGGUGCUGGUGGCUCUGGCGACGACAAGAAAGACGAUGAGAAGAAGGACGACAAACCCGCCGACGACCCAUGGGGAGACUUUACCGCAGUAGGCGGCAAGAAGAAGAAGGACAAGAAGACCAAUCUUUUUUCGCUUGAAGACGACGACAAGAAGGCCACCUCCAAAUUUGACGACCUGCUUCCUGACAUCGCCCCAUCUGGCGACUUUGAUGCCUUUCAAGAAAUCAAACUGACCGACACAACACCGACAUUGGACUUCAGUAUAGGCAAUUCAUCGACGACAAAAACAUCACAAUCCUUUGGCACGUGGGGCAAUUCAUGGAACACGGGUUCCGCGUGGGGAUUUGGCAAGUCGGAAGAAAAGGCUGCCCCUGCUGUGGAAGAGAAGAAGGAAGAGGACUCCAAUCCAUGGAGCAUCAAUCGGCCAAAGCCGAAGAAAAAGACCAAGCAAACUAUUAGCUUUGGCGCCUUCGGCGAAGAGGAGGAGCCUACCGGGAAGGCUCCAGUGGAGGAGGAAAAAGAGGACGACGGCUUCGGCUUUAGUUUUGGCAACAAAAAGGACAAAAAGAAGUCCGGCUUCUGGGGCGACGACGACCCUGCCGAAGAGAAAAAGGAGGAGGACAACGCCUGGGGUGAGUGGGGCACGAUCGGCAGCAAGAAGAAGAAGGCCAAGGACCCCGAACCUGAACCUGAACCAGCCAAAAAGGAGACGCCGCCCGAAGAUGACUGGUUCUCUCCUGUUGCCUCCAAGAAAGACAAGAAGAAAAAGGCCACCACCUCUUCUUUCUUCGAUGACCCGGUGCCCGAUGAGCCGCCCGCAAAGGAGCCUGAGCCCGCAGCCGCUGCCGACGACCCAUGGGGCAUGGCGACGUCCAAGAAAACAAAGAAAAAGGUCGGCAAGAACAACGUUUCCAGCAGUAUCUUUGAUCCUCCCGAGCCAGAGCCGGUAGCAGAGCCUCCUAAGGGGUCAGAGCCGUCAGAGAAGGAGGAAGAGUCUAGUUGGGACGUCUGGGGCCUCGGUAAGAAGACUAAGAAAAAGACGAUCGACGAAAAGACUUCCGAGCCUGUUCCCGAAAACGAACCUGAACCGGAAAAGAAAGUCGAAGACGAUUUUGGAUGGGGCGUCACGACCAAGAAAAAGAAGAAGGCCAAGGCUGGCGCUGUGAAAGAGCCAGAGCCAGAGCCUGAGCCUGAGCCUGCGAAGGCCACGACGUCCUUUGACGACGAUUUUGACUUUUUUGGUAAAAAGAACAAGAAGUCCAAGGCUGGUGUUGUCGAGGAAGUCGUCGAAGCACCACCACCGCCUACAGAAGAGACCAAGACGGACGACUUUGACUUUGGCUGGGGCGCUCCAAUCACCGGCAAGAAGAAGAAGAAGGGUGCCAAGGCAGCCGAUGCUGUGCCAGAACCGGAACCGGAAAAGUCUGCCGAAGACGACGCAAAGCAUGCCGCCGAUUCCAUGUUCCCUUCGUUUGUCUCCAUCAAGACCGACGCCAAAAAGAAGGAACUCGAGCCUGAGCCGGAGAAGAAGGUCGAGGACGACCCCUGGGGCUUCACAACGACCACCAAAAAGUCCAAGAAGAAGAAGGGUGCUACGGUCGCUGUCGUUCCUGAGCCCGAUCCACCCAAGGAGCCAGAGCCAGAGCCAGAACCGGAACCGGAACCAGAAAAGAAGGUUGAGGACGACCCCUGGGGCUUCACGACUACCACCAAAAAGUCCAAGAAGAAGAAGAGUGACAUUGUGGAACCCGUCAAAGAGCCCGAGCCGGAACCCGAACCGCCAGCACCCGAGCCUGCUCCUUCUAAAGGAUGGGGCUUUUCCAGCAUCUGGGCGUCUGCGACCAAGAAACUUAAGGAAUUAGAUUCCGAACGUGAACCUCAACCAGAGACCCUACCGGAACCAGAACCUGAACCUACACCUGAGCCGGAACCUGAGCCGGAGAAGAAGAUUGAAGAUGACUUUGGCUGGGGCACGACUACCACCAAGAAAAAGAAGAAGAGCAAGAAGGACGCCAUCGUCGACUCUGUCAAAGAAGAAGUCAAACCAGAACCGGAGCCUGAACCGGAAGUGACCCCUGAGCCAGAGAAGAAGGUGGAGGAGGACCCAUGGGGCUUCACGACCGCAACCAAAAAGGAGAAGAAAAAGAAAAAGGGUGCCGCCGCUGUUGAGGUGGUUCCUGAUCCUGCUCCAGAGCCCGAGCCAGAACCCGAACCGGAGCCAGAGCCCGAGAAGAAACCUGCUGAAGAAGACCCUUGGGGCGCUUGGGGCACAACGACCAAGAAAUCGAAGAAGAAGGCAAAGAAGGACGCUGUUGUCGAGCCGGUCAAAGAACCAGAGCCCGAACCAGAACCUGAGCCAACCACAAAGCCAGAGCCUGAGCCAGAACCGGAAAAGAAGGUUGAGGAUGAUCUUUGGGGCUUCUCCACUUCGAAAAAGGACAAGAAGAAAAAGAAAAAUGCCUUUGUCGUCGAGCCUGAACCGGAACCUGAGCCGGUUCCAGAGCGUGAGCGUGAGCCUGAACCUGAGCCGGCCCCAGAGAAGAAGGUUGACGAUGACCCUUGGGGCUUUGCUACUUCAAAGAAGGAAAAGAAAAAGAAGAAGAACGCCAUUGUCUUCGAACCCGACCCCGAACCCGAGCCCGAGCCAGUUGAAAAAGAGCCUACCAAGGUUGAGCCUGAAGACGAUGCAUGGGGCCUCAGCUUGUCGAAGAAAGACAAGAAGAAAAAGAAGAACGCCGGCACGCUUGAACCGGAGCAUGAGCCAGCCCCCGAACCGGAGGCCGAGAAAAAGGAAGAAGAAGAUCCUUGGGGUUUCGCUACGACCAAGAAAGACAAGAAGAAGAAGGGCAAAGAUGAUGGCUCUACCAACGGCGACGGCGCCUCCAUCAGCAAGACUACAGAGGACAACUCUUGGGACACUUGGGGCGCUACUACAACCAAGAAGGACAAGAAGAAGAAGAGCAAGGAUGAAGCCUCUUCAAAUGGUGACAAUGCUUCAAUCAAGCCUGCCGACGAUCCACCUCCUGCUGCCGACGACGACUGGAUGAAUUGGGGCACGACAGUCAAGAAGUCCAAGAAGUCUAAGAAGGCCACCAGCGAUGUCUGGGGCGAGCCUGACAAGGUCGACGACCCGUCUCAUGACAAAAAGGCCGACAAUGACGUUGACUUUUUCGACAGUUUGGGUUCUUCUGGUAAGGCCGACAAGAAAAAGAAGAAGAAGGACAUCGACAAUACCAAAGAUGCGCCCGCCGACGAACCUGUUCCGGAAGAUGAAACCAACGACUUGUGGGGCGGAUGGGGCACGUCUUCUAAAAAGACGAAGUCAGGCAAGGUGGCCGAAGAUGAGGAAAAGCCACCCAUUGUCGAGGAGCCAGCCAACGAACCUGAAGACGAGUGGGGCAUGACAACCAAGAAAAAGAAGAAGAGCAAGCUAUCCAAGAACGCCGAGCCAGACCCACCGCCACGCGAACCGACUCCUCCACCGCCGGAAGAAGAAGAGGAGAAUAUCUGGGACGAGGUUCCAUCCAAGUCCAAGUCGAAGAAGGAUAAAGAAAAGGACAAGGAGGAAGAGAAGGAAAAGGAAAAGAAGAAGGAGCCGAAGUUGACCAAGAAAGAGCAGGAAAAGCUUGAGAAGGAAAAGAAGAAGGCAGAGAAAGAGAAGGCCAAAAGAGAGGCUCUAGAAGCACAGGAGGCCGAACUAGCGGCAGCUCGCGAAGCUGAGGAGCAAGCUGCUCGCGAGGCAGAGGAGGCAGCACAGCGCGAGGCUGACGAAAAGGCACGCAUCGAAGCUGAGGAGCAGGCUGCGCGCGACGAGGAGGAGGCCAAGAUCGCCGAGGAGGAAGAAAAGCGCACGACGCUCCAAUCCAAGAAAGAUCGCGGCCGCAAGCUUACUAAGAAGGAGCAACGCGAACUCGAUCUGCUCAACGAAAACGCUGAAAAGCGGGCCGCGGAGGCUGCAGAGAAGGCGGCUGCCAAGGAGGCCGAGGAGCAAGCGGCCCGCGAGGCGGAAGAGCAAGCCCAGCGCGAGCGUGAAGAGGCUGAGGCCGAAGCUGCUGCCAAGAAGGCAUCCAAGUCCAAGUCCAAAUCGAAGGACAAGGAUGCCGACAAGGAUUCCAAGGACUCCAAAGACUCCAAAGACAAAGACAAGAAAAAGGAGAAGAGUAGCAAGAAAGACAAGAAGUCCAAGGGCAAGGACGGUGACGACGGCGACGACUUAUUCAAAGACCUCGAAGAUGACCUCAUCAACCUCAGUCCUGAACAGGUCGAAGAGAUUCUGGCGCCCAAAAACGACUCCUUCAGCUUCUGGGGCACGGCCAAGAAAAUGACACAGAGCAAGAGUUCACUGCCUGAACCGACAGGUUCUAGCGCUAGCGCCAAAGCGGCAGCAGCCGAGGCGGACGCUACAGUGGCAGAUGAGUCAGCGAAGGUUCUGGAAUCGACAAAGGACGCUAAGAGCUUCAAGACCAAGAGCUCCAAAAAGGGCAGUGCCGUUGCGGAGGCGACCAAAGAAAAGGAGAAGGACAAGGAUAAGGACAGGGACGUUGUCGCGUCGUCGCCGCCGCCUACCGCGUCUUCUUCCAAAGUCAAGAAGGUCGGCGGCAAGAUUUCCGAUCGCCUCAAAAUAUUCGAAUCCAUUGCCGACGACAGCAAAAAAGCUCCUGUUGACGAAGAACCUACCCCUCCACCACCGCCUCCUCCUCCUGCGCCAGAAACAGUGAAGGAGAAGAAGAAAAAGUCCAAAUCCAAAGACAAGGAGAUCGUCGUCGAAGAAGAGCGUGAACCCAGUCCCCCGCCGCCAGCUCCUGUCACAAAGAAGGGAACUUCUCGGUGGUCCUUCACAUCGCCGCUGAGUUUCUCCGUCGAGGAAAAUGACGGCGCUGACGACGCCAACAAGCAGAGCCACGACGACGAGCUUGUUGUAGACAUGGCGCCAACGAAGAAAUCAAAGAAGGGCACCAUCAGCAAGUCCAAGUCCAAGGUCGAAGCUGUGCCGCCGCCGCCGCCACCGGCUCCUCCUGCUCCCCCAGCCGUUCCCGAAGAUCCAACUACCCCACCGCACGAGUCGCGAUCCGCAAAGAAAGAACGCGCUAAGAUUAGUCGCGAUGGCAGCUCAUCGUGGGGCAUGUGGAGUGCUGCAACACCACAGCCUUCUUCCGCGAGCAAGAGUCGCGAGAUGCGCCAAAGCUCCUCAUCGAAGAGAGAGUCCAAGAGCAGCAGCUCUAGAAAGGUAUCUGGCGAACGAGAUGAAAAGGCGUCCUCCUCCAAAGAAUCGUCCGCAUCCGACAAAGCCGACCAUGACCGUUCGGUGAAGCUAGACAAGGGUACCAUCAAAGAGACGCCCGCCAAGAUGCUUCGCCGUCAGAGCGUUUUUACCAGCACGCCGCCGCUAUCACGAUCCACCUCAACGCGCGAGAAGCGACACAGCAGCUCGCGGCGCAACUCCGUCGACAUGUCUCAUGGUGUCAUUUCGCCCCCACCCGAGCCUGCCGAGAUGUCGUCUAAGGCGGCCAAGAUCCUGGGUGUUGGUGUGGACGGUGCAAAUUCUGACAAAUUGGAGCGGCGUAGAUCAAAGGUACGGCUGACCCCAGACGCUUCACAUAACAGAAACGUUUUACUAACAGCGCGUCUCGUUGCCCAGGCCCGCCGCCAGGACGAAGAUGACGUCACGACCGACGCUGCCGCUUACCCCGUGGCUCCUCUCAAGCGCUCCAACUCGACCUCUACCAAGCGUUCCGGGUUCUCCGGCCUAUUUGGAAAGAUCUCGUCUACCCCUACACCUGAGACUCCCGUGCCUCGCUCCGAACCACGACCUAGUGGCAGUAGCCGCCGCCGCGACCGCGGUGUGACAACCGACGUGGAAGAUGGUGGAAACGUGACGGAUGCCGACCAAGAAGCGCGCCGUCAAGCACGUCGCGCACGUCGCGCUGAACGAGAAGCCGCUGAACGCGCCGCCGAAGAAGAACGCCGGGCUAAGGAUGAGGAACGCCGCGAACGCCGUCGCAGACACGAAGAGGCGGAAGAAGCGCGCAGACAAGAAGAACGCGAGGCCCGUCGCGCUGAACGGCGCGCGCGCCAUCGUGAAGAAAGCGACCGACGGGCGGCGCAGGAACGCGAGACGGCCGAACAUGCUGACCGUGAACGUGCCGAUUACGAGCGUGCCGAGCGUCGUCGCAUUCGGAAGGAGCGUGAGCGUGCCGAAAUGGAGCGUCAUAUCGAAGAUGCCGAUGCCGAAGCGCGUCAUGCAGCGCGUCGUGAGCGACGCAAGGCCGAAGCUGUCUCCCAGGCUACCCGGGAGAGCGAACGCGAAGACGACGACGCGCGCAGACGACGCCGCAGUGAACGCCGUGUGUCCCGCGACAUGGAAGGCAAGACAUCGCGCAGACAGUCCGACACGGAAGACUACCAGACUUACUCACGUGGCGACCGGGAACGCCGUGAAAAGCGCAGCAGUGCCGUCAAACCUAGCUGGCCGCACUCGGGCACCUCCUCAUGGGUCAAAGAGCAUUCAGACGCCCCGCCACCGCCACUUGAGCAAGACGCUGCUGCUGCCGCGGCCGCUGCUGCCGCUGCCGGCGACGGUAGUACGCCCACAGACGAUGAUGGAGCACGUCGGGAACGCCGCGAACGCCGUCGUACGAGCCAGCGCUACCAUGACGGGGAAAUGACAGCUGCGGAGGUUGAGGAUGACCGCCGUCGCCGUGCUCGUCGUGAGGAGCGUGCUCGUGAGCGCGGGCAAGACAAGUCCUAUCGCGACCGUGAGCGUGGCGAACGGCGUGAACGUGGCGAGCGCGCUGACCGUGGCGAUCGUACAGGGCGCGGUGGCUCUGACGGUAGCGAUGGGCGCAACGGCCAACAAGACCCCGUGUUCGUGGACACGACACCACGCAGCAGCUGGUGGCGCAAAAUCACUGGCAACUAG